AUGCCAUCCAAGGAGUCAUACGAGGAGAAUUCCCUUGUGCAAAAGGCCAAUCGGGAGGCCAAUCAGGAGGACAUGUUGGCCGCAGCUCUGGGGAUGAGAGUGGGGCCACAGAAACCUCCAGCGGCUUUCUGGCAACCACUGAAACUGUUUGCCUAUUCCCAGCUCACAUCGCUGGUGCGCCGAGCCACGCUGAAGGAGAGCACGCCCAGGGCAGAGAAGAUCCAUAACUUUAAGGUUCACACAUUUCGGGGGCCACACUGGUGCGAACACUGUGCCAACUUCAUGUGGGGGCUAAUGGCGCAGGGAGUCAAAUGUUCAGAUUGUGGUUUAAAUGUCCAUAAACAGUGCGCUCCUCUGGUCCCCAACGACUGUAAGCCCAGUCUGAGACACAUCCGCAAAGUCUACAGCUGCGACCUGACCACGCUGGUCAACGCCUACAACACGGCCAGGCCCAUGGUGGUCGACAUGUGCAUCCGAGAGAUCGAGUCCAGAGGGCUAAAGUCUGAAGGGCUUUAUAGAAUAUCAGGAUUCACUGAUUCGGUUGAAGAGGUCAAGUCUUCGUUUGAUAAAGAUGGUGAGAAGACAGACAUCUCAGCGAAAGCCUAUGAAGACAUCAACAUCAUCACAGGAGCGCUCAAGAUGUACCUGCGGGAGCUGCCCGUGCCCGUCAUCUCAUACGACGCCUACCCCCGCUUUAUUGAGGCUGCAAAGCUCUCAGACCCAGAGAAGAAGCUGGAGGCGUUUCGAGAGGCGCUGGCUCUGCUGCCCGAGUCCCACACUGAGACACUCAAGUACCUCAUGGCGCACUUAAAAAGGGUGGCACAGAAUGAGAAGUUUAACCUGAUGAAUGCAGAGAACCUGGGCAUUGUGUUUGGGCCCACUCUGAUGCACGCUCCCAACCAGGACGCCAUGACUGCACUCAACGACAUCCGCUACCAGAGACAAGUGGUGGAGGUGCUGAUCAAGAAUGAACACGUGCUCUUCUGA